CAGCUACCAGUCAACAUCAAGAUGGACGCCGAGGAAGCGGUGCGGCGAGCCAUGGAGUAUGCGAAGCGUGCCACCGAAGAGGAUCGGGCUGAAAAUUUCGCCGAGGCCUUCCGCCUGUACAAGCAUGCCCUGCUCUUCUAUUUCAUGGCCGCCAAGGAAAUUCGCCAGGAGAGCAGCCAAUACAUCCAACGCACCCACGAAUUCGUCCGCUUCCUGGGCACCGGCGGCGAUCCACUGUGUACGAGCGUUUCGACGGCCAGCAUUACGCCUUUCACCAGAGCACCGGAAGAGCUGCGUCCUUUCCAAACGAGCGGGGUCGUCGUCAUGGGAGAGAGUGAGCUACGAUGGUCACACGUCUACGGCUUGGAGUCUUUGAAACGGAGUCUCGUCCUGAACGUCAUAUACCCCGUCCAGUACCCCACUAUCUUCCAUGAAACGGGAGCCAAGCUCUGGAGAAGUCUCAUCAUGUACGGUCCGACGGGUUGCGGAAAGUCGCACGUUGCUAAAGCACUGGCCACGGAGGCGCACAAUUUCACCUUCUUCGACGUCAUGUGUCCUCACUUUGUUUCAAAGGUGAACGCAGGCAACGAGAGCCUGACAGUGUACACCUUGUUCGAGAUGGUCGUCAACCACGCUCCGAGCAUUUUAUUUCUCGACGAAAUCGACGCUCUGAGCGCCCCCGUCGUCAAUGGAGAGACCGUGGGCUUUCUCUACAAGGCUAAGAACGAGUUCCUUUCCAUCUUGGAGGACAUCAUCCACAACAGGCGUCUCCAGGUGGCGGUGUUGGCGGCCACGCGGUCCCCGUGGGCGGUGGACCCGGGCUUGGCGAGAUUGUUUCAGAAGUGGGCCUACGUUCCUCUGCCGUCCGUAGAGACGCGAGAAAUCAUUUUCAAAGAAAACCUGCGCCACUUGCGACAUAACCUCGGAGAAGACGACAUCGACAAGCUUGUACAGUUGACAGAAGGACUUACAUGCGAGGACAUACUCCUCCUGGUGCGCGAGACUCGCCUAGAAAUUGUGGAGAGGGUUCUGAGCGCAACGCACUUCAAGAAAACGGCCACCAACAUUCAAAAAUUCGGAAAGGACAAAGUGAACGAACAGCUGCUGACGCCAUGUGCCCCAUCGGAGACUGGGGCCAUCAGAAUGUCCUGGAAGGACGUCCCUAGAGAGGCGCUCAUUGAGCCGGAGCUCACCAUGGACGACUUCAAGGCAGUCCUGAAGAGAGGCCGAACCGUCGUCAGUGCUACCGAGCUUCAAAAAUUCGAUGCCUUCAGGUUGCACCAAGACCCUGAGAAGACGUCCCUUGUCGUAGACAUGCGUGGGACACCGUCGCGCGCUAGUUCGCCGUGGUGACCAUUAUUCGCUAUAUCUGUUUUUUUACAUCUGGAUGUGUACACAGGCUCUUGGUGCAUUUCAUACGGGAUACAUGUGCAAAAGGUUUAGUUUUCAUGAGCGACGGCACACUACUUGCGAGAGAGCGAUACUGUAAGGCUGCGGCUGGGUUCGCUGCGAUCGCCUCUGUCCUCCGUGAUGAAAUAAACAUACAAUACAAAGUAAAAA